GGCAAAUGAUCUAUCAGCUUAAUUUAAAAAGAGGUUUGCCAUUUUAGUUUUUUUAUUUGAAUAGGUAGGAAAAUGUCACGAUCUUUUGAAUUGUCAUUAUUUCUUUAAUAUUUUGUAAACAAUCACAAUCAAGUAAAUAUUUAUCAUCUCUCAAAAUUGAUAGCUAUUAAUCUUCCCGGCCCACAUACCGAAAUUAUGCGAAAAUGGAGACAAACGCUUCGAGAAGCAGUCGAGACGACGGUAUUGACCGGCCUAUACCCCAAAACAUAGAACUCCAACUACCGAACAUAUCAGAUUCUAUAACUUCGCAUGAAAUUGCCUCGCAUUCUUUAGAAGUACCGUCCGAUGUCCAGUCUCCAAGAAGUUCACCCAGUCACGCAAGUCCCGAGACAAUUAUUGAAGAAAGAACAUCUGUGACAACUGCCAAUUAUUCUGUGCCUCUUCUUUUAAUCAGUGCACCCCCGUCUGUAAUAAUACCCGGCACGCAUGCCUCACGGAGAUGUGCUCUUAAGCUUAACUCACCAAUAUCUUCUCAGCCUUUAAAAUCAUUACAUUCAUCAAUGUUCCGCCAAUCCGAAAACGUACCUCAGUCUUUGUUCAUCCAAGCUUUAUCCUGUUUGACCAAAAACGACUCUUUGAACAUUUCAGUUUUAAGCAAUAUGAUGGCUAAAUCACAAUACAGUUCGUUUGGUCAAAAUGUAAAACAGAAUAAUGCUGGUCCCAGACCUGGUGACUUAUCACCGCCCGAUUCGUUGACAAGUGCGCCUCCAUCUUAUUCUUACGUCUUGAGGCAAAUGGCCGUUAGGAGAAGACCGAGAUUAAUGGGGACAUUUAUACCGUCGCCGUCCUUUGUCCCGCAUUGUCCUCCACCGAAUUACAACGCGGCUUUUGAUAUCUACGUUGAUAACGCCAUGCCACCACCACCUCGACUCCGGCAUUUAGGUUUUGGCCCUUGUCCUAUCGUCUGCCCUGAAUGUGGGUACACCGGCAUGAGCGUGGUAGUCAGUAAAAUAACAAUGUGUACGCAUUUAUGUGCUGUUAUUCUUUGUUUAUUUUGUUGUUGGGUAUGCGCACCGUUACCCUACUUGAUGAGUUCUUGCAAAGACGUUUACCAUUAUUGCAGUAGUUGUCGUUAUUUUUUGGGUAUGUAUUGCCCGACCAAUACAGCAGUGUAAUUUCCUGAAGAAUAUGAAUGCAGUUAAAUCUUUAGAUUCAUUUAUGAUAAUUUGCAACAAUUUAGUAGGUACUGUGGGGAUACACAUAAUAUACAUAUACAUAGAUUGACAUGUGUAGUGCAGUCCUUGAAACAGUACUGUUCUGACAAGAACAGUGAUGUUAGUUAUCGAUUGUGAAACAUUGAAGUUUGCUCUGAGAAGAACAGUUUUGAAGUUGCUCUGAGAAGAACAUUUUUUGGAUUGCCCUGAAAAGGACAGUUUAUCAUCGUCCUGACAAGGACAAGACAUUCAUCGGAGCCUUCAGCAUCCUCGUCGAAGUCGUCGUGUCUUCAUCUUCAGCGGAGCGAGGCACGGCGCGCGACGACACGAUGCGCACUCCACGGCAGCCGGCGGUUUCAAGGACUGCACUACACAUGUCAAUCUAUGUAUAUGUAUAUUAUGUGUAUCCCCACAGUACUAUUAGGUCAGCAAAUUAAUGGUAGUUAAGAGGUGUAGAGGAAAAUGGUUGGAACACAAUUUUUGGCUACAUAACUUAGUUUAGACCAGUUAGGAGCUAAACAUAUCAAAAGUCCCCGAGCCGGCGGGGAGAGAGGGGUUUGAAUUUGAAGGUCUCAUAUCCGGUUUUUCGCUUAAAUAUUGGAAACUAUAGCGACAUGAUGAUUAUGAACAAAAAAAAGCUGAUUUCAUUUGAAAUGAGUUUCAUACAGUUGUGUUUUCGAUAUCUUGUAUAUUUUUUAAACUAUCCGCUCUCGAAUGUUUUUCAGUUGCUCUAAAUUUGAUAUUGACAAUCUACAUAAUUAAAACUGAUAGGUCAUUUUUGGUGUAAUUUUCGCAUAAAUCUGGGGUGCUGAAUUCUUUUAAUACAUACAAAAAAUACAAAACUUUUUUAGAACUCCUCUUCACGCUUAAACCCCUGAGUAAAUUUACUAAAAUUUUGACACAGGGAUAGUUUAAGUCUCAGAAAUCAGAAUUAGGACAUAAGCUAGUUUUUAU